AUGGCGGCCGCCAUUGUUGCUCUUCUGGUAUUGAGCUCAAGCAUGAAGAGCAGCUUUGCAACCACCACCACCACAACCACCAAAUGUAGCAACACCAACUACAUCAGAUCUUGCUGUUCAUCCACUAGGUACCCCAACUUGUGUUACAGUUCUCUCUCUCCCUACGCAAGCACCGUUGGAACAAACCGGACGAAACUGGCUAUAGUGGCCCUGAAAGUAAGCCUGCACGCAACCCAGAACACAUCGGCCUUGGUUAAAAAGCUGUCAAACACAAAUGGGUUGUUGAUCAACGAGACGAAUGCCAUUAAAGACUGCGUGUAUGAGGUUGGAGAUGCAAUCUGUGAGCUGAAACAAUCUAUUGAGGAGAUGAAGGUUCUUAGGGGUUCUGAUUUUGAGUUCAAGUUAAGCAGUGUAGAGACAUGGGUGAGUGCUGCUCUGACGGACGAAGACACUUGCAUGGAAGGAAUGGGUGGGUAUGGUAAUGGGAAGUUGGAAAAGAGUAUCAGAAACAGUGUUACAAAUACUGCAAUGUUGACCAGCAAUGCUCUUGCAAUCGUUGAUGGCCUCGCCCAGAACUACAAGUCCAAGUCUAAAGCCCACUCCCCCUCUACCAGAUCCUGA